CAUGCAGUGUCAUCCUUGCCAAACGAAUGAAUCGCUUGCUCGAGGCAGCGUGCCGUUUAGUGCAGCAGCUAUUCAUUUCCAGUGCCCUGUCAUUCCGUAUCUGGUCUAAACCGGUCGCCGGUUAGCAGAUUAAAUAUCAACAGAAGAUCAGAUGGUAUUUUAGGACAAGAAUAUCUCUGGACGAAAAUAACUUUAGGAAUUUCGAUGGCAGCAUCUAAAUGUACGCGACUGAACGGCGCUUUAACCAGACAGUUACUUGAGUCCGUUGACAGCGUCCUGUUUGACUGUGACGGCGUGAUAUGGCGAGGGGACCAGGCCAUUCCCGGAGCCCCAGAAGUGAUCAAAAAACUGAAGAAAAAUGGAAAACGGGUGUUUUAUGUCACAAACAACAGCACCAAGACCCGAAAAAUGUACGCGGAUAAAUUAGGGAAACUCGGUUUCGACGCCACCGAGGACGAGGUGUUCGGGACGGCGUACUGCGCUGCGAUCUACCUCAAAACUGUGUGCAAAGUUGAAGGGAAGGUCUAUUUGAUCGGGAGCAAUGCGAUGGGGCAAGAGCUCGAGAUGUUGGGGAUCCAGCAGGUCGGUGUGGGUCCUGACCCCAUCUCGGGGGUUCAGAGUGACUGGGCGAAUGUCCCUCUCGAUAAUGAGGUCCAGGCGGUUCUGGUGGGCUUUGAUGAACAUUUUAGUUACAUGAAGCUCAACAGAGCCUUGCAGUACCUGUGGAACCCUGAAUGUCAGUUUGUGGGCACCAACACAGACAAUAGGUUGCCCUUGGAGGGUGGCAAAGCAGUACCGGGGACAGGGUGCCUCCUAAGGGCAGUGGAGACGGCUGCACAACGCCAGGCGCAAGUGGUGGGCAAACCCAGCAACUUUAUGUUUGACUGUGUGGCCAGACAGUUUGGCCUGAACCCUGAUAGGUGUCUAAUGGUGGGAGAUAGACUGGACACUGAUAUAAUGCUGGGCUCAAACUGCGGCCUGAAGACUUUGCUGGCCCUCACAGGAGUUUCUACUGUUGCGGAUGCAGAGGCGAACAAGAUGAGCGAAUGCCCUCAACGUCAGAAAAUGGUGCCCGAUUACUAUAUCGACAGCAUUGCUGAUAUUUUACCUGCACUGGAUGCAUAAACAGUGUUUACCUGAGAUUUACCCGCUUCACUAGAGAAUAUAUAAUGAGGGUAUUUGCUUGAAUCAAAGUAACCUAUUUUAACAUUAAACUUAUUACUUUAAAAUAUUAAUUAUUUAAACUUUUUAAAUAUUCACAUUUUAUUUUAAUCUACACACAUUGUAGUUAAUUUACUCAUUUACAUUUCUUUACACAAAUGUCUUUGUCUAUACAAAACUUAUAUUGCCAGGAUUCAAUUGAAACAGGCCUACCUCCUUCGGAAGUUCCUAUUGUAACAUUUUUUUAUUGUUUUUGGAAAUAUAAGGGCAAUAUGUUUUUUUCCUUAUUUUUAGUUUGUUUUAUUGUUUAUUAUUUGUCUGAAACCUUAUUUGUUCAAGUUGUCUUCUGAAUGAAUACCAAUUCAUAAACUGAGCAGCACUGAAGUAUUAUGAAGUAAUACUAAUAUAUUCAGAAAUAAGUGUAACACUCAGGUACUAGAAGAACACAGAUGGCUCUUUUCAUGGUGUUCAAAUGCAUCCAGCUAUUUCACUGUGGCUGACAAAAAGGAAUGAAUAUUUGCAAUGAUUAUAUUUUGCACUUUAUAACUGCACUCUUAACACCAUCAACCUGUUAAGAUUUUAAUUCUCAACUCAUCAAGCUGAACAAGCAUUCUACAUGACUGAGCAAAUAAAACAACCAUUUUAACGAA